GUCCAGCAAGUGCUGCCGUAGCGGGUAACAUCACGGUUAUCCGGCCAGAACCGCUGCCAAAGACAACGACUAGACUUGCCAACGUUCAUCAAUGCACGCUGCAAGUGCGCUCCACCGGACGGCGCGCGGAUCUGAAUUGCCGGCGCCAACUCUAAUU